AUGGCCCGGUCAACGCAGCGAUCCGGUUCGCCGCAGGCCCCCGACGAACCUACGUCACGCCCGAAGACUGUUACUUCUUCAGCGUUGGACAAUGGCGCGGCAGGCAGUGAUACCGAGGGCAGCGAACGACAGGCACGUGAGAAGCUAAGAGCAACGUCCAUCGCUGGCCUGCCUACGGACAACAUACCGGCUUCUGAUGCUCCUAUGGAAGAUGCAGUUACGGAAGGAGAAGCCAACAAAGGGCUAUCUGAUCAGCCAGCCGAGAACACGCCCGUUGGACAUCACGAAAGGGGCCGGUUGCGGAGGAAGCGAAGUAUAGAAGACGUUGAGGAGGGUCAUCCUACGGAUGAGCCGCCGACAGGAAACGCUGGACGGCACGUACGCAAGAGGUCAAGAGACAUUCAGUCUGGCCAGCACCUAUCAAGAAGCGGUUCGCGCAAGACGUCAGGCGAACAAUCGGUCCAAGAAAUCAGCGAGCAUGAGAUGGCCGAUGAGGAGACUCAGACUGCGCCGAAGAACAUAGUGAUGAACGGCACAAUAUUGGAGAGGCCAACUUCACCGCUCGCAGGUUCGGAUCAGCAAAAUGGCAAGGAGUUUUUGACUAGUCCAAAGAACAAAAGGACCCGCGAUGAGUUCCUUUUAGACCAAGAGAAAGCGUCUAAAGCAGAGAAUGAACACCAACCCACAUCUCAUCAAUCGCCGUCAACUGAAGUGCAGAAUGGUCUGACGGCUCAGGACAAGUCAACGCCUAUCGAGGAACCGAAGACAAAGCGUCAUCGGGACAGCAACAGCCCGCAACCUGCUGUAGAACAAGAAAAAUCUACCGUAGCUAAGAUUCCUCCUACCAGCGGCUUUGCAAACACUUCGGCCAACUCUCCCUUUAGUGCCUUAGCAGGCAGAAAAUCACCCUCCGCAUCAUCUCAAACUUCCGAAAGCGCGUUCAAAGCAUCAAGCUUCGGUGCGCUUGCGGGUUCUUCGACAUCAGGAUUCGGUGCUCUUGGCAGCUCGACAGGCGGCACCACCCCCUUCGGUGGGGUUGCCGCAAGCAACAAGGCGACUUCAGGUUUCGGCGCUGCCGCGCCAGCCGCCUCUUCUGCUGGUUCAGGGUUUGGUGGCCUCCUCGGAAGUGCCAAACCGUCUUUCGCGAGUGCCAGUACGGGUGCAUCCGGCUUCGGUUCACUUGCCGGUGGACUGGGAGGUGGCUUCGGAGGUGUUUCUGGCGGCGGAUUGAGCAGCUUCGCGGCUCCGGGUGCGUCUAGCAUCGUUGGUCUUAGCGACAAGCCUGCUAGGCCCUUCGGAGCUGCUGCGGAUGACGAUGAAGAAGAAGAUGGAGAAGCUGGUCAUGAUGAAGAAGACACCGUCAGGAGUCCCCGCACAGAUGAAGACGAAGGAAAGGAUCGGCGUUUCUAUGAACAAGACGUCGAGACGGGCGAGGAGAACGAGCGAGUUCUCUUCAGUUGCCGCGCCAAGCUCUACAACUUCGUCAAUGCCUCCGACAGCUCUGAUAAGAAGGAAUGGAAAGAGCGCGGUCAGGGCACAUUGCGACUGAACGUUCAAGAGCCACCGCCAGAAGAAAACCAGAAUGGAGAAAAGCCACGGAAGGCGCGAUUUGUUAUGCGCGCUGAUGGUUCUCACCGUGUAGUGCUCAACACGCCUGUGAAGAAGGAGCUGAAGGUUGGAGACUUUAAGGGCGAUAAACCCACAGGACAAUACGUCAUGUUCUGGGGCAGUCAUGGCGGAGCAAACUUAGAAUUGAUGCAGCUCAAGAUGAAGACAUCGAAUGCGGAAGAGUUAUGGCGCGUUGUCACGCAGCUGCAGGAAGAGAUUUGA